UCUUUAUACUUAGCUAAAAUUCGCAACCUUAAACACAGUAUUAUCAUCUACUUGGUUUAGCCAAAACCCUAGAAAAUGAGCAGCGACAAGGUUCCCAAAGUAGCAGUGGCGGUUUUCAUACUGAAAGGGGAGAAGGUGUUGGUCGGAAAGCGCCUCGCCGGCGCUGGCACUUCUUGUUUCUCCGUUCCUAGCGGUCACCUCGAAUUUGGGGAGGUUUUUGAAGAAUGUGCAGCGAGAGAGGUGAAGGAAGAAGCAGGGUUAGAGCUGAAGAACAUAGAGACUCUAAGGGUCAUAAACCAUGUGUUUCACAACGAAGCUAAACCAUCCCACUACGUAGUACUCUUGAUCCGAGCAGAACUUAGCGAUCCUGAUCAAAUCCCAGAAAACGUUGAACCAGACAGGUGUGAGGGUUGGGAUUGGUAUGAAUGGAAUGAUAUGCCAAAGCCUCUUACUCCUCCACUUCAACUCAUUCUCAAUUCUGGCUUCAAUCCCUUCUCCGCCGGCGUCCAGAAUUAAUGUUGAAGAUAGCUUGCAGCCAACAAUGGCGGUCGCCGGCAACGUGACGUCAUUUAAUUUAAUUUAAUUUUUGAAAUUUAAACAUUAUUGGCUAGAUUGAAUGGUUUAAAUAAAUCGUAUUAUUAUUGCUGUUGUAAAAUAAAAUGAUGGUAUGAUUUAUAUAAUGUGUUGUGUUAGAAAUCA